AUUCAUCGUUUUCACCCGUUCCCAUGAGAUUCAAAAGAUAACACCGGCGGCCAAUGAACAAUAGAUACUAAAUAGGAAAUCCUUUGUAAAGUUCCUCCAAGAUGGCAGAUGUGUGACGUAGCCUGAAACCUAAAAGACCGUACACUUUCAAAGUGUGACUGAAGCUUUCACUCUUCUCUUCCUCUCCUCAUUCUCCUAGAGGAGCCCGAGUGACGACGAGACAAGUUUAUAAUCACACGUUUAUGUCGAACAACAACACGCAAUCGAUCAGGGCAAUUUCCCCGAAGAGCAGUCGCGUUCAGGAGAAUAGAAAUUCUCAGAAGCUUCAGAACUUUCCAGAAUCUCCAUAUUAUUAAAAAACCGAAUUAAGUUCAAAUAUUGUUUGAACUAUUGUUGAGGGAUAGAUCAACAACAGGUGCAUGCAGCGAAAAUCACAAUGAGGGAAAUUUCGCGGAAGAGCAGCAUCAGUUCAGGAGAAUAGAAAUUCUCAGAAGCUAAAGAGCUGUCCAGAAGCUCCAUAUUGCAGUGAAAUCAAAGGAUAAGUUUUUUGUCAUGAGUCUUCUAAAUGCCAACACGAUGUCAAUGGAAGAAAUGAAAUCCAAACUUCUAAACUAUAAAGCUGGAGAUAUUCACGGUGUGACCAGCUUUAGGGAUGCUGAUCCAGACGAGAUGAGCGAUUUUCAUAUUCGUAUUGGCGUUUUUGGGCCCACUGGAUCCGGCAAAUCAGCUCUUAUUAAUACAGUUUCCAAAAUACUACGUGGUGCAGGGGAAGAAGUGGCUAUUUCUCAGUCCGCUGGAGGCGAGGGAACGCGAGUACUCGACGAAAUCACUUUCGGGGGCUUUUCGAUGUUCGAUACUCGAGGUUUCUUUGAUAUCGAGUCUCGACUUGAAGAGACUGAAUUCUUUCGUAUUUUGUACGGAAGCGUGAGGCCUGGAGAAGAAAUUGACCGCGGUGCAACGGGAGCUCAAAAGACGAAAUCCGUAGGGAUCGCUGCCCACAAGCUCAACAAACCUCCCCUGAAAAAACAGCUACAUGUUGUGUUAUGGAUCAUCAAAGGAGAUGACAUACGUCUUAUUACCGAACAAUAUCAAGACAAACUGAACUUUAUACUCAGUAAACUCAGAGAUGAAGCCAUCACCAUGGUUACAGUUAUAACACAUGGUGACGUAAUAAGCCAAAUGUACAAUGCGGAGGAAUUUCAGGAAAACAUUAGAAGUCAAGCUCUUCAGGCUACCAAAACCUGCGAGGACCAUGCCUUUGUCGUUCAAAACUGGACUGAGAAUGUGGAUCAACUUGAGGAACCCGCAGUGAAAGAAGUUUUGAAAAUGAUUCUUACUGCUUUGGAUUGCGGGGAACGGUCCGUGAAAAUGCGUCAAACUAAAAGAAAACGGCUGGAAUUGCAAAUGAAAGGAGAGAGAGGGAUUAGGUCUAUUUGGGACGAAGAGCACCGACCAAUUCACGAUGAAGUCUUGGAUUUUUACCUCGACCCAAACCGCAAGACACUGGGGAAGUUUGUGCCAAAACCGAUGCCUAAAGCUACUGUUAGAGUUCGCCGAACUGUUGGACAGAAAGACACAAAAACAGAUCGACCCAAAACCUUCAAUCAGCAGCAACCACUGGCACAUGGAGUUAAAAAAUCACAUCCAUUGGACGAUAAAACUGGUUAUGCCACUGGAACUGAGAUGCUUCCACGAGAAAAGAACAAAAAUCGAGACCUUCCUCCAGCACCACUUCCUACAGAACCAUCAAAACAAUCAGAAAAUUUAAAAAAAGAUGACGGCAUGAAACCCAAGUUGUCUGGAACAAGUUUCAUGGAUGUUGACAAGUCUUCAGAUCAUCCAAAAGCCGUACAAAGAAGGGCUUUUCCUAUGGUCCAUGUUGUUUCAUUCCUGCCCAAAAGCGACCAGAAAAUCGACAACAUCCUGAACAAUCAAGUAAUGAAUCUUCUUGGCGAUGUCUUUAAGUCUCUUUUCAUCCCCUGGGGUCCUCAUAUACCAGACAUCGAACUUAAGGAUUUACCUGAACAUGUCCAACUGCUAGUGACUGUGGGAUUCCCAUCAGAGACAGAAAAGAUAGCAGUGAUGUCAUGGCGGGACAGGCCGUACACUACCCAUCAAAUUAAGCUGAAAAAUCUUCUGGCCAGAUCUCAAUCAGCACAUAAAAAGCCAGCCAAGGAAACACCAAUAGCUGGAAGAACGACUCGUGAUCCAAAUCCGAGCUCGGCCCAUCGACAACAGCCAAGAAAGGCAGCUAGGGAAGUACCAUUAGCAAAGAUGACCGAGCCUACUUUUGACCCUGUUCAUGGGUAUUUAAGAUACAGGGCAGAGCUUGAAUAUGGCCAAGUCGUCAAGGUGCUUGAGUGUUACCCCCCUGAUUGGCAACCAGACACAAGAGAUCUCCACUUUAUAGCUGGGAAGAAUAUGACUGUGCCUAACGCUCUACUUGAGUUCUGGGCUGACAGCUUGGAUGGUCCCACUAAAGGGCCAAUCGUGAGAACUCCAAAGAAGAGCUGGGUUAACGUUCCGAGGUUGCCAAGUCUUCCGAAAUCAUGGGCCCCCUUCUGA